AUGCAGCUCCAAGAGAAUAUAAAUAUAAACCCUCUUUACCUCUCCCUCUCCCUCAUCGUGCUCUCUGCGAUAGCAUUGCAAGCGAAAUCCUACCAGCACCGAAAACAACAAGCCGAACAAAAAAUGGCCCCUCAAACCCCGAAAACAAUCCUCAUCAUCGGAGGCUCAUACGCAGGAAUAGGCCUGGCACAGAGACUCCUGAAACAGAACCUGGCCGGGACGAAGUUGAAGGUGAUAAUCGUCAAUCCGACGGAGUCCUUUUAUUUCAAUGUUGCUUCGCCGCGGAUUAUUGCCAAGCCGGAUUUCUUCAAGCAGGAGGCGUAUAUCCUGUCCAUUCCUGAGCUCUUCGCUAAGUAUGGCUCUGACCGGUUUGAGUUGGUUGUGGGGAAAGCCACUUCUAUCGAGACUGGUGGGAAGAAGAGUGUGACUGUUGAGGAGAAGGGCUCGUCAAAUCCGAAGGAGGUCGAGUACGAUUAUCUGGUCCUUGCGUCGGGUUCUACCACGCCCUCCAUGACAGGGUCGGGGAGUAAUAGUGUCCUUGUGCCGUUUAAGGCAUCGUUUGAUGAUGGGUUAUUGACGCAGAUUAAAGACGCGCAGGCCAUCUUCAAGGAUGCGCGCAGCGUCGUCAUCGGCGGGGGAGGGCCUGUUGCCGUUGAGUUCGCAGGUGAACUGGCAGAAGCGUUCGCCACGGACAAGAAACAGGAUACACAGAUAACCAUCGUCAGCGCAAGUGAUGGGGUUGGGGUGCUGCCGUCGCUCAAGCCGGCGGCCCAAGUGAGUGCUGCGAAGAUUCUCAAGUCCAAGAGCGUCAAGAUCAUCCCGGGCACGAAAGUGGUUCAGUCGACUCAGGACGCGAGCAGUAAGAAAUGGACCGUCACGCUUUCCAAUGGCGAGACGCUCACGACAGAUGCCUAUGUCGCUGCCAUCGGUGUCAUCCCUAACAAUGAAUACAUACCUGCUUCGUUCCUGAAUGAAGAAGGCUUCGUGCAUGUCGACGAUCAAUUCCGUGUCUUGACAUCUUCGUCUUCGUCUUCAUCCUCCGACAAGACUCCUGCGGAAGGGAUCUAUGCCCUAGGCGACAUUACUCAACACUCGUACCGUGUCGUUAGCCGCAUAGAGAAACAGACCAAAGCAAUCGUGGCGAACCUCAAAGCCGACAUCCUGGGUGGCAGUAACAAGCGCGCAACCGGGUACGACCCGGAGAAGGAGAGUCUUAUUUUAGUAGUCCCUGUAGGACAAGGGCAGGGGACAGGCCAGAUAGGAAGCUGGGUGCUCUUCAGUUUGCUCGUAGCUUUGGUGAAGGGGAAGGACUUUUUGACUGGGAGAGUGAAAUCGAUUCUUCAAGUUUGA